CAGGUGCGGAAGUCGUGAAAUUGGUAGUAGUAGAUGCAGGUGCAGGCGUAGAUACAGGUGUGGAAGUCGUAAUAUUGGUAGCAGGUGCGGAAGUCAUGAAAUCGGUAGUAGUAGGUGCAGGUAUAGAAGUCAUGAUAUUGGUAGCAGGUGCGGAAGUUGUGAAAUCAGUAGUAGUAGAUGCAGGUGCAGGCGUAGAUAUAGGUGUGAAAGUCAUGAUAUUGGUAGCAGGUGCAGAAGUUAUGAAAUUGGUAGUAGUAGGUGCAGUCAUGAUAUUGGUAGCAGGUGCGGAAGUCAUGAAAUCGGUAGUAGUAGGUGCAGGUGCGAAAAAUAUAAUAUCGGUAGCAGAUUUAGGUACAGGUAAGAUAGGUGCGGAAGUUGUAGUGGUCGAUAUAAGUGCAG